AUGCCGAUAAAUGAAACCGCUUCUGUUACAAAUUGCGAUACAAAUUUCGAGCCAUUAAUUGAAAAUUUGAAACUAUUUCUUCAAUUAUGCUACCUAACACCAUCCGCAUUAUUUCUGUCCAGAGUUAUUUACAUUACUGCUUGGAAAUAUCGGAAAAAGUUUCGAAAACAACGUUUUUACACUAUUUUUCUAGCAGAUUGUGUUACGGGUUUUAUCCUAGUAAACUUCUCAAUAUUCUUCACUCGUCCACUAAUUUAUGUUCCACAAGCUUGCGAGUUCGUACUUGAGCAUAUCAAGAAACUUGCUCUAUUCUUGGAUAUUUACUACCCUUGCUUCCGAUAUCUUCAAGCAUUUCAAAUUCUUGUUCAAAUUCUCUUUGUUGCAAAUCGAGCUUCUUGUGUGUUAUGGCCAUUAAGCUAUUCGCUAUUUUGGAAGAAGUGGUUGAAGUCGAUUCUAACGACAAUGGCUAUUUCGCCAUGCUUAUGGAUAUGGACUAUUGCAAUUUCAGAUAAAAUGAUAGUUCAUGGAUAUGGUGGUCUUGUAGUGUUAUACUAUAGAUAUGUUUCAUGGGCACGAAGCACAUUAUUCUUUUCAAUUCUCCGUCUGACAUCAGUAAUAACAAUAGUAGUUGCGACAACUACAAUGUUGAUCAAAAUGUCUAGAAUGAAGAAGAGAAUUCGGGAAUCUGAACGGAGACUUUGUUGGGCAUCGGUGUAUCUAUCAGUUUGUUAUCUACUCCCUGCAAUUGCAGAGUUCGAAUACUUCCUGGUCUUAAAAGCGAAGUUGUUCGAAAACUCUGGAAUUUUACACGGACUAGUGGUCAUUUGCUGGGAUAUUCAAAACAUUUGCUCGACAUAUGUGAUGUGAUGCUUCUCCAAUGCCCAAUUUCGUCAACUGUUUUUUUUACUUCGGCAACUCAAAAUCAAAAAAUUUGCAUCUGAUUCGUGUUGCUUCAGUUACUCAUUUCUUAAACUUGAAGCAUUGAUUUUCUUGUCUAAUUUAAACAUUUUGGUUUGUCUUCAACUUAUUUUAAUAUUAUUUGUUUAUUUAUUUGCUGCGUUUACUGGAAAGCUGUAAAAUACAAUAAUAUGAUUUUUUUUUACAUUUUAAAAUAAAAAAGCUUUGAAAA